AAUACCGGUAUUGAUAUUGAGAAUGGCAAUUUACGACCGAGUGCUUGAGGCGGCGUUGUCUUUCAUCGACGAGUUCCAGUUCGGCGUGCAGGAGGAUGGAGAAGAUGCGGCGAGGUCGAUACUGUCUGCACGCGGGCGCGAACCGUCACUUGCGUUAGAGGACGAAGCGACCAAGCGGAAGAGGGCCAAUGAACGAAAAAGGCUGCUUCGCAAGACAGGGGUCUAUGGAGACCCCAAUCGCGCUAGAAGCGCCCGAAGACUGGAAAUCGCCUACCUCAAAGAGCAGCUAGAGAAGCUGCAGCUGAACUUGCACACUCUGCAGUACCGGAAUGGCACACAGCAGCUGACAACAAGUGCGUUGGUCACAGCAGCACAUAUUCCAACUAUGUGGCAAGCUGUCGCUGAGAGUCAGAGAAGACGCCGAGAAGGUUCCGAAAUAGAGAACGUGCGUCUAAAGCUCGUUGUUGAUCGGCAGAAGAAGGUAGCCGAUAAUCUCCGGGGUUUGUUGCAGAAGCGAGCGAGUCAAUUGGCGAGCGAAUGUACUUCUUUCAUGGACGUUAGUGCUCCGAAACCUCAAAUUGUCCGCGUGCUGGACUUCCGUGGUGAUACCGCCGACUUUGAAGCUCUCUUCCGACUGAACGAAGCUGCGUAUCGAGAAAUGGACGCGAUAUUCGCAGAUAAUGGUCUGGCGAACAUGGUCAUAUCUCCUAGUGACGUCCAUAUUCGUGAAGGUGUUGGUGGUAAGUAUCUUGAACUAUUCGCCAACAAGCUAUUGCCUUUUAGCUUGAGCGAUGUGAGGGAAGCAGCGUGGGACCAUUUUAAAGGCAUAAAAAAACACGCAAGUAACGGCAGCAUUUAUGAAAAAGCGGCAAGGAACCUUGAUGAGCCCUACACCAUAAUCGAGGAGUUCACGAAGGAGUUGUAUUCCAAUAGUUCUCGCGCUGAUAUCAAGGUGAAGCAAGUGGUGCGGCGCUACGUUGAGACCGACCGGGACGUCGUGAUCUGGAUUUCGCACGUAUCCCCGACAGAGAUUAAGCACAAAAUGCUGCGUGGAUUGACCUACCAUCUCCGAGGUUACGCACUCACCAAGCGCUCCCCAGCUUCGACUCUACAUGUAGACCGCGAGCUCUCGCAAUUGCAGUUCUGUUCGCUGAUCUCUUUGGACCACGAACCCGGCACGUGGAAUCACCAGGACCGCCUCGAGAGCGUAUCGGAAGCGGACGACGAGGCCGUGCUCGAUGCGGCACUGUCGUUCGUGGACGAGUUUGCACAUGGAGGGCAACCCCUUUCACCACAGCGUCUGCCAAAACACAGCACGUUUGAAGACAAAGCAUCCAGACAGGCGGCGAAAAACGAGAGAAGAAGGCUACUGCGUCAUGCUGGUGUCUAUGGGGACCCGAAUCGGGCUCGAAACGAACGCAGACGAGAAGUUGCCGGUCUUCGCAAGCAACUUGAUAAACUCCGACUGGAUCUUUAG